AUGAGCAUGGUGGACGAUGCCAUUCGCGUCAUCUGGGAGAAAGAGCAAAAUCGCAUUAUCAACUUCGACCAUUAUUCCAGUUCAGUGUGGCAAUCGAUUAACGUCGAAUAUCGCUCCAUGGGCGGAGGGGCACAGUACGAUGUCUCGUUCGAGGUCGCCCAGGAUGUCGUCGAUACCAUCAAAUCAAUCACGGAACAGUGUGGACCAUUCACCAACCCUCAGACACGUUUCAAUGGGCUCUCUGUUCUACGCAAAAUUGGUAAGACGAUUACGCUUUCUUCCAACGAUACACUGGGCCAUGAGGUGCAAAAGCGGUUCCAAUGGGAUACCUCUGUUGUGGAAGGCAUGUUGGAAAUCCUCGAGAUCAGAGAGAAUGAAGCGAGUCCAGAAUCGUUGUGGCCAAAGUUACAGGAGUUGGAAGAGUUGUCCAGUGAUCAUUGUAUUUAUCCUGGACUAGAAGCAGUGUUGGGUCGACUGGACCCUGAUGGUCAUUGGGAUGAGGAAGAAUGGGAUGAAGAGGAACAUGAAGAGGCAUAUGAGGACGAGGAGAAUGAGGACGAAGAGGAACAUGAAGAGUUAUAUGAAGAGGCAUAUGAGGAGGAGGACGAAGAGAACGAGGAUGGUGUUCAUCAAGCACAUCCAUGGGAUCUUUGA